AUGGCAUUCAACUUCAACUGGUCGCCUUUGAUGGCGGACGCGAGUUUUUAUACUCGCGCCCAAGAUCUGCUCACUGCAGCUCUCAAUAAAUCGCCCAAACCCCCGAUCAUCGUCGACGAUAUUCAUGUCACCGAGUUGAACCUGGGCUCUAUCCCACCGGAACUGGAGAUUCUAGAGAUCGGAGACUUGGCCGAAGAUCGCUUUCGCGGCAUCUUUAAGAUGUCCUAUACUGGCGACGCUUUUCUCACACUAAAGACCCGCGUCCAAGCAAACCCGCUUAACACUUUUCUCCUCACACGACCGACUUUCGCGUCACCAGUACCUCUCGCUGCUGCUACCCCGCUCACGAUACCUCUACAAAUCACUCUCUCCGACUUUAAACUCUCCGGAUUCGUGAUACUCGUCUUUUCGAAGCAAAAAGGAAUCACCGUCGUGUUUCGCAAUGAUCCGCUCGAAUCGCUUAAAGUAUCAUCAACGUUCGAUUCAAUACCCUUUGUGCGCGACUUCCUACAGAAAGAAAUUGAGGCCCAGCUCCGGAUAUUGUUCAUGGACGAACUCCCAGCCAUUAUCCAUCGACUCUCAUUACGAUUAUGGGUUCCAGAAUACCGCACCGGGGAGGAAAUGAACGGCCAAGCUGAUAACACCGACCAAGCGACAACUGAAGGCCCCGGCCAAGAUCCAUUGGCCAGCCCGCCUCAGGAUCCCGUCGAUUCCCACGGGAACGCCUUGAACGAGUCUGAGAUCGCGUCACUAUCUUUGGAUUCAUCGGUCGAGACCCAUUCCCUUUUCUCACAGAAGAACCUCCUUCGCUUGGCCGCUCUUACGGACUCGCAACGGACCCUAUCGUUGUUCACGCCUUCCAUCCAGGAAGUGGUAUAUCGCGCCUGGACUUCUCCCUCUGAGACAUGCGAUUUCCCUUCGAGUGUUAUUUCACCACUGAGCCCGACUCUUUCGCGAACCCAUUCUCAAAUCGGCAGCAUGUCCUCGCUUCAUGAAACUGCCAGUACCGUUUCCAUGCAAAGUCGACCCUCUAUGUCUAGUCAUACGGUCAGCACCUACGGCCUGAGUCUAGGCGCUGGUCGUCACUCUAAAGCGCACUCCCGGCGACGCAAGAAGCGCGUUGUGGAUCUGCGUCGUCCCAAGACCACCGACGACGCCAUGAGCGUAAGCGACGAGAGCGUUGUGACCGAAUCAUCCCGACCCCCGUCUAUCGCCUCGGCGCCUCUGCCUAUUGUGAACGAGCAGUCGGACGACCCUGUGACCCCACCAUUGGCCCCCGAACCUGACUCUCACUUGCCCAUGAUUCCCGAACGCCACAGGGCCAGUCUCUCCCGCCCGACACAGCGUCGGGACGGUGACCUCUCGUACUCUCUGGAGACCAUUCGUGGAUCGAAAGAGGACGUAGAUGCCACCCCCCGUGCCACCGUUCGCGGUGGCUACCCUCAAGAGAAGGCUGAUGCGGGCCCUUCAUCUAGUGCGCGCCCGCCACUGCCCGCCACUGUUCUCCCGUUCACCAAGGAGGAGAAGUCUAAUGACAGUGUCGACUCCGUACUGGUUGAGAGGCUUGCUGGUGAAAUUGCUCGUCGUAUGCGCGAGGAUAAGUUAAUGACCAGCGCAUGCAGCGGAUUCUGGAGCCGUCAACAUGAGGAUACCCCUCCGCCUGCUUAUGGCCAUUGA